GUUGUAGCGACAGGCGCUACUUGCUUCUAUUCGCCCUUGUAGCGCUCGGCCAGGAGGAAGGACUUGUCUUGCCCUGUGCUGUGCAGUGCUGUGCUGCGGUGUGCUGCGCUGUGUGCGCACUAGAAUGACAGAGGCCGUGGUUUGACUGUGUUGAGACCCAACCUGGCGGCCUUUUAGCCCAGACGAACCAUGCUGAGUCUUCUGGCGAGGACGGUGCCCACGUGUGGGUGGGGGCGUGCGUGCCCUGCCCUGCUGGUGAAGAGCGGUGUUGGUGUCGGGCCAGUAGGGGGCGCUGUGGGCCCGGUGGGAUGCCUCCUGGAGGGUACGGGCCGUCGCUCCAUGGUGGUGGUGCCCGAGGGGCUGCCCAAACUACCCGUGCCCCCCCUCAAGACCACCUUCGAGAGGUACCUGGCUGCGCUGGAGCCGCUGUUGUCUCCUGAGGAGAUGGAACACACGCGAGACCUGGUGGCGGAGUUCCUGACGUCGGGGGUGGGGGACAGACUCCAGAAGAGCCUCGAGAGACGAGCACGCAAAACAGAGAACUGGCUGUGUGACUACUGGCUUCAGUACUAUCUGGACUCUCGUAUGCCGGUUGCCAUGUACACCAGCCCCGGGGUCGUUUUACCCAGAAUGCACUUCCAGGACCGACAGGGACAGAUGAGGUUUGCUGCUAAGCUGAUUGCCGGAGUGCUGUCCUUCAAGAAGAUGCUGGACAAUGAUACCCUGCCUGUUCAGCACCUGCGUGGUAAGCCUCUGUGUAUGGAUCAGUAUUACCACGUGCUGUCGUCCUGCCGACUGCCGGGACCCAAGAAAGACACUGUAGUGAACUACGCCAUCUCGUCAACACCUCCCAGGCACAUCACCGUAGUACACAACUUCCAGUUCUUCGUGCUGGACGUGUACACCAGUGAUGGCAGUCCUCUGGCUGUGGACCAGAUCUACAUGCAGCUGGAGAAGAUCUGGAACUCGUCUCUGCAGACCAAUAAGGAACCCAUAGGCCUGCUGACAUCACAACACAGGAACACGUGGGGCAAGGCCUACAGCAACCUCAUCAAGGACAAGACCAAUAAGGAGUCGGUGCGUGCUAUCGAGCGUUCCAUCUUCACGGUGUGUUUGGACGCGCCGCUGCCUCGUGUGUCCGAUGAGCUGUAUCACAGCCGAGUGGCCGCCCAGAUGCUGCACGGCGGAGGCAGCCGGUGGAACAGCGGAAACAGGUGGUUCGACAAGACGCUACAGUUCAUCAUCGGUGAGGACGGUUCGUGUGGUCUGACGUAUGAACACGCCCCCACUGAAGGACCGCCCAUCAUGUACCUGGUGGACUACGUGGUGGAAUACAUGAAGCGUACCACUCUCCCGCGCGCCCCCAUGAUUCCUCUCUCGAUGCCUGUGAAGCUUCGAUUCAACAUCACGCCAGAGAUCAAGAAGGACAUCGAGAAGGCCAAGCAGAAUAUGAACAUUAUGGUUCAGGAGUUGGAUGUGAGGGCGUUCAUCUUUUCGGAGUUCGGUAAAGACGUCAUCAAAUCCCACAAGGUCAGCCCUGACGGCUUUGUUCAAAUGGCCAUGCAGCUAGCCUACUACAGAAUGUAUAAGGAGUGCUGCUCCACCUAUGAGAGCGCGUCUCUGCGGAUGUUCCGAUUGGGCCGAACGGAAACCAUCCGAUCCACCAGCCUGGACUCAUUCGCCUUCGUCAAGGCCAUGGACGAUCCCAACAAGCAGAACUCUGAGAAGAUUGAACUGCUGGAGAAGGCCAUAAAAGCUCACAGAGUCUACGCAGACCUGGCUGUGAAUGGCCAGGCUAUAGAUCGCCAUCUGCUGGGUUUAAAGAUGCAGGCCAUUGAGGACCUCACCUCCAUGCCAGACAUCUUCAUGGACACGGCAUACGCAGUAGCAGAACACUUUAACCUAUACACUAGCCAGGUGGGUUCUGAGACGGACUGUGUGAUGUGUUUGGGUCCGCUGGUUCCGGACGGGUACGGCGUGUGCUACAACCCGAUGGCGUCUCAUAUCAACUUUGCCAUCACCGCCUUCAACAGCUGUGAGGAGACCAACGCCACGCGCUACUCACGAGACCUGCAGAGGGCGCUAGCGGACAUGAAGACACUACUGGACACCCAGAACAUCUAAACACACACACACACACACACAC